AUCACUCCUGAACCCACAGGGGUUCCCUCUCAGAAUGGGGGAGGGGAAGCCGGGAAUGGAUGGAGCAGAGCAGGUUCAUCACCGCGGCAACUGGAUGUCCACACUCGCAGUGGAAGAGAAGCAGGAAGCAGUUAACUUCUCAGCAUGGCUAAGGAAAGUGGCCCUGACCAAGGUGUACAAAUGGACAAAGCAGCCAGAAGAAACUCUAAGAAGACUGGGAAGAAGAUAAGAAAGAAAAACAUGGAGGAGCUCAAGAAGGAAGUGCACAUGGAUGACCAUACACUGACUCUGGAGGAGUUAAGCCAAAAAUAUGGUGUUGAUCUGACUAAGGGUCUCAGCCACAAACAGGCAAAGGACAACCUGCUCCGGGAUGGGCCCAACACCCUCACCCCACCUCCUACCACUCCUGAAUGGGUCAAAUUCUGCCGUCAACUUUUCGGGGGCUUCUCCAUCCUGCUGUGGACUGGUGCCAUCCUCUGUUUUUUGGCCUUCAGCAUUCAGUCCUUCAUGUAUAAGAAACCUGAGAAAGACAAUCUGUUUUUGGGCUUGGUGCUGUCUUGCGUGGUCAUUAUCACUGGCUGUUUCUCCUAUUAUCAGGAAGCCAAGAGCUCUAAAAUUAUGGAAUCAUUCAAGAACAUGGUGCCACAGCAAGCCAUAGUGAUUCGGCAGGGGGAGAAGAUGCAGAUCCAUGUACAAAAUGUGGUUCGGGGAGACUUGGUGGAGGUGAAAGGCGGGGACCGAAUUCCUGCUGAUCUCCGGGUCAUCUCUGCCCAAGGAUGUAAGGUUGAUAAUUCAUCUCUGACUGGCGAGUCUGAGCCACAAAGCCGUUCUCCCGAUUUCAGUGACCCCAAUCCCCUAGAAACCCGUAACAUCUGCUUCUUCUCCACCAACUGCGUUGAAGGAACAGCCCGGGGCAUUGUGAUUGCCACUGGAGACCACACGGUGAUGGGACGCAUUGCCUCAUUGACCUCCGUCCUGGAAGCUGGCAAGACACCCAUUGCCAUUGAGAUUGAGCACUUUAUCCACAUAAUCACAGGGGUGGCUGUAUUUCUGGGAGUCACCUUCUUCAUUCUCUCCCUUCUCCUGGGUUAUGGCUGGUUGCAUGCUGUCAUCUUCCUCAUCGGCAUCAUCGUGGCCAAUGUACCUGAGGGCUUGCUGGCCACUGUCACCGUGUGUCUAACCUUGACAGCCAAGCGAAUGGCUCGGAAGAAUUGUCUGGUCAAGAACCUUGAGGCUGUAGAGACCCUGGGCUCCACCUCCACCAUCUGCUCAGACAAGACAGGCACCCUGACCCAGAACCGGAUGACUGUGGCCCACAUGUGGUUUGACAAGACUAUAUCUGAGGCUGACACCACUGAGGACCAGUCUGGAAAGAUUUUUGACAAGAAUUCUGAAACUUGGUCUAUUUUGGCUCUAAUUGCUGGUCUGUGUAACCGAGCUGAAUUUCAACCAGGUCAAGAUAAAAUCCCUGUCACUAAGAGAACGACCACAGGUGAUGCUUCUGAAUCAGCUCUACUCAAAUUCGUUGAACAAACUUAUGGCUCGGUAGUUGAGAUGAGGAUGAAAUACACUAAGGUGGCAGAGAUUCCCUUCAACUCCACCAAUAAGUACCAGCUAUCGAUCCACAUUCGAGAUGAGACCUCCAUGAGAUAUUUUCUAGUGAUGAAGGGGGCUCCAGAACAAAUCCUAGAGCGUUGCUCUACUAUUCUGGUAAAUGGCAAAGAGCAAACAUUGGAUGACAAGACUCAAGAGGCCUUCCAGAAUGCCUACAUGGAACUGGGAGGACGAGGGGAGCGUGUGCUAGGAUUCUGCUAUUUGAACCUCUCUGACCCAUAUGUUGGGGACUUUAAUUUUGAUACAGACAAUGUCAACUUCCCUAUAAAAAAUCUCUGUUUUGUGGGGCUUAUAUCCAUGAUUGACCCACCCCGGGCUGCUGUACCUGAUGCUGUAGGCAAGUGCCGAAGUGCAGGGAUAAAGGUGAUCAUGGUAACUGGGGAUCACCCUAUCACUGCCAAGGCCAUCGCCAAAGGUGUCGGAAUAAUCUCUGAAAACAGUGAGACUGUGGAGGAUAUUGCUGCUCGGCUACACAUCUCUGUCAGCCAGGUGGAGCCCAGGGAUGCGAUAGCCUGUGUGGUACAUGGCUCCCAACUAAAGGACAUGUCACAGGAGCAGCUUGAUGCUAUACUCCGAGAACACUCUGAGAUCGUCUUUGCCCGAACUUCGCCUCAACAAAAGCUCAUCAUUGUGGAAGGAUGUCAGAGACAGGGUGCCAUUGUGGCAGUGACUGGGGAUGGAGUAAAUGACUCUCCUGCUCUGAAAAAAGCGGACAUCGGCAUUGCCAUGGGGAUCGCUGGCUCUGAUGUCUCCAAGCAGGCAGCUGACAUGAUCCUUCUGGAUGACAAUUUUGCCUCCAUUGUCACUGGUGUGGAAGAAGGCCGACUCAUCUUUGACAAUCUGAAGAAAUCCAUCGCCUACACCCUGACCAGCAAUAUUCCUGAGAUUAGCCCUUUCUUGCUCUUCAUCAUCAUCAAUAUACCCCUGCCUCUGGGCACUAUCACCAUUCUCUGCAUUGAUCUGGGUACUGACAUGGUCCCUGCAAUAUCCUUAGCCUACGAGGCAGCAGAGAGCGACAUCAUGAAACGUAUGCCUCGGGACCCCAAGAGAGACAAGCUGGUGAAUCGACGGCUCAUCAGCAUGGCUUAUGGGCAAAUAGGGAUGAUCCAGGCUUUGGCUGGCUUCUUCACUUACUUUGUGAUACUGGCAGAGAAUGGUUUCCUUCCAUCACAUUUGCUGGGCAUCAGAAUUUAUUGGGAUGAUUAUCAUUUGAAUGAUCUGGAAGAUCAUUAUGGACAGCAGUGGACCUAUGAGCAGCGGAAGGUGGUAGAGUACACAUGUCAAACAGCCUUCUUCAUCAGCAUUGUAGAAGUGCAAUGGACUGAUCUCAUCAUCUGCAAGACCCGUCGAAACUCCCUUUUCCAGCAGGGCAUGAACAACAAGAUCUUGAUCUUUGGGUUAAUAGAAGAGACAGUUCUGGCAGCCUUUCUAUCCUACUGCCCAGGCAUGGAUGUUGCCCUUCGCAUGUACCCACUCAAAUUAAUUUGGUGGCUUUGUGCCCUCCCCUACUCUUUCCUUAUCUUUGUUUAUGAUGAGUGCCGAAAAUAUAUACUGCGGCACAAUCCUGGUGGCUGGGUGGAAAUGGAAACAUACUACUGAACUCAGCAGAGGAGACAUGCACUGGACGGAAAGAGCAUCCUGAAAGUGGAGGGGUUGGGUGGUGGUUGCUGGCUCAUGAGUAUUGUCUAGGCAGAGGCUGGUAUCUGGUUAAAAUUAAGGAAUAAUUAGGAUUAGGGAUGGAAUAUAGUAUAUCCCUGAAUGGGGAGGGGUAAGAAGAAAAGGGGAUUAAAAUAAAAAUUUAAGCAGGAUGAAAGGGGUAAAAUUGACCACGUUUUGACUGAUGGAAAUUAUAGGAAAAUGUUACCCUUGAGACUUAACUGUGACUUUCCAGUCUAGAUAAUAAAAGUUUUAAUAUAUUGUA